UUGUUCUGUUGUAAUUCAGUUAUGAACUAUAGGGGUGUCCUCUCACUCUUUAUUAUGCUGAAAGCAUUGGAGAUUUGAAGGUGGUUUCUAAAGCAGGCGGAACUUUGAUCCAUUUCAAUGGAUUGUAGAGUUGAGGAGUGCAACGCAAACAAACCACGUCAUUAGCGCUGGAUUUAAAAGUCGCCGUAGAGACGUGCAGAAUCCACCCACAGCGUGAUCUCCAAUAAGCUUAUCCACUGCGAGUGCGAGCCGAGGCACUUGAACAACUUGAAGCCAGAUUUGUAUAACAAACGAAGCUGAUCUCCGAGAGGGGGAAGAGGCGCCCAACCCAAUUCUUUUGUGCUGUGAAGCGCCUUGUGAUUUCAUUGAGAUUUUCCCGGGCUGUUACACGCAUACUAUAAUGGGCUCCCUCGCUUCGUAUCUCUCCUGUACCCGUGACUUGUUUUCGGCUGGUUAAAGCAGGGAUCCUUUUCCGUUGUCAGUAGUUUGGAAACUUGGGUUUGGCAGAGAAAAUCUCGCCGAGCAUCCGAACGGGUCCCAAUGAAAAUGCACGGGAGAAACAGGUACAACCUGGUGGACGAUGUGGCAGAUUCCCGUGUCCCGCUUCAUAACGAAGAAGCGUAUCAACACGGCAUACACUUUCAAGCCAAGUAUGUGGGCAGCCUGGACGUCCCGAGACCCAAUAGUCGAAUGGAGAUUGUGGCUGCUAUGAGAAGAAUCAGGUACGAGUUUAAGGCCAAGAGUGUCAAAAAGAAGAAAGUAAGCCUGUUGGUGUCAGUAGAUGGAGUCAAAGUGAUGCUGCGCAAAAAGCCCAAGAGGAAGGAGUGGACUUGGGACGAAAGUAAGAUGCUGGUUAUGCAAGACCCCAUUUACAGGAUCUUCUAUGUAUCCCAUGAUUCUCAGGAUCUGAAGAUUUUCAGCUAUAUUGUACGCGAUGGAUCCAGCAACUCAUUCAGAUGUAAUGUGUUCAAGUCCAAAAAGAAGAGUCAGGCCAUGCGAAUAGUGCGGACAGUCGGCCAGGCGUUUGAGGUGUGUCAUAAGAUGAGUUUGCAGCACGCUGAGCAGAAUGCAGCUGAGCAGCCAGACGGCCCUGCAGACGGCCAGAGCGAUCAGUCUGGAGAAGAGCCAAGCCCUGAAGGUCGACACCUGACAGGAGUUGAACAUGAUGAUGAAACAGAUUCGCAGUCGAAGAAGCUCAGCGAGCAAGCUAUGGAUGACAUUCUUCAGAGCCUGUCUGAGCUCAACGUGGUGAAAACUGGACAAACCCUGCAGUCUUUACCAAAUCUGGAGGGUGUCUCUCUCUACACGUUAGCUCCCAGCAGCCCUUGCUCUCCUUCUCUCACACCUUUGGCUACCCAACACCACCUGCAGUUCCUCCAAAAGCAGCUGCUUCAGCAGCAACAACAAACACAUGUUGUUGUAGCACAGGUGCAACUCCUGAAGGAUCAGCUGGCAGCAGAAACAGCCGCCCGCAUGGAGGCGCAGGCCAGGACUCACCAGCUGCUGUUGCAGAACCGUGACUUACUGCAACACACGGCCCUGCUGGUCAAACACCUCAGCCAGCUAGAGGUCAGAGUCAACGGAACAACACAGAAUGAAGAAUCGCCAUGGAGGAGCGUGGGCACACGUUCUCUCUCUCUCAACCUCAAGAACCUCUACACACCUUGCUCAGACCAACCCAUCACCUCCACUCCAGCCGGGCAGUCAGUGAACCGUCCUGCAUCCACCUACGCUGAGUCCUACCUCAAUCUGCUUAACCUGCAUGGCGUAGCCGCCAUCACAACCAAUGGGAAGCCAGAGAAUACAAGAAGCGAAGAGCGAUUGGAUGCAUCAAGAAAUGAAGUUGCAAAGCUAGACACUCGGAAUUCAACAGCACUCGAUGAGAGCUUUUGUGUCUGCAGGUUUAAACAAAUCAUCCCUAAAUUGGAUCCCCCACCGCAGCCACUCAACCGCAAACGCUCGAACAGGACUCUCUCUCCGGGUGUAGAGGCGGAGUCAAAGUCCCCAACCGUAAACGGGAACGUACUUCCUAAUAUGAGCAGUAGUGCCUCAUUUCCUGACAUAACAAUUCGUUCUGUUUCACCUGGAGAUUUUUACUCUCUCACCGGUGGAGACAGUGCAUCCUGUUCGGUUAGCGAAGAUUCUGGCGUACGCUCGGGUGAUAAAUCCCUAAUUUCCCCUCAGUCCAGAGAAGAUCCGUCUGAUGACCAGAGCUCCGUUCUAAUCUCUACAUCCAGUACAUGCAGCAGCUUGCCCGAGGAUCAUCCACCUGUAGAUGGUGUGACUCCACCAAAUUCUGCCACCCCCGUCGGCUAUGAGCAAACAAUUCCAUUUUCUUCGCCCAUGAAUGACACAUGCCUUCAUAUUAGCCUGAGUGAAGAUGAGCUUUUGGAGGAUGCCACCCCAUGCAGGCGUUAGGAUUCUAAGCAAGUGGGACAAAUCUGCCUAGCGUUUUAUUAGAACGUUAUGAAAUAAUAAUUCCAGUGUUGGAGAACUCCAAGUUUUGUUAUAGAAACGCAAGGUAUAAUUCAAUACCCUAACACUGUUGUUUAGCAUAUUGAAUCAUUGACUCCUAGGCCGAUGACCCCUGACUGGUCUUUUGUAAUAAGAUCUUUGUUCUUAUCAUCUUCCUUUAUCUGCAAUGUCCUUAUAUGAUGUUAUCUCUAAAAUUUGUUUAAAGAUGAUUUAGUAUAAUGCAAAAUAGAGUACUAUUAACAUAUGCAUAGUGUAUUUUUGUAGAUUAAAAUUGUAUUGUUAUUUUUUACUUUUCAAAUAAGCAAUGAAUAGAGUGAAUUGACACGCUUGACAGAUUACCUGCUGUAGUUAGUGCUGCUGAUAGCUGUGUGUUUGUCUUGAAGAUGUUGAUGUGUUGUGUUUCCAUAUUAUUUCAGGUCUCGUUUUUCUACUUAUGUUUGCUGUAAUGAUGGAAUUAUAUAUUGUUCUGUAAUGUUCCUUGAAUGUUGUUGAACAGUUAUGUAGCAAUGAAAAAGCAGAAUGGAUAAAGGCAAUGUUAGCAUGAGGACAGGCCUUAAAAGGAUACUUCACCCAAAAAAUAUCUGUAUAAUGUCUUUGUUCCGAUGAACACAUUUACAUUUAUGCAUUUGGCAGAUGCUUUUAUCCAAAGCAACUUACAUUGCAUUAUCCUAUACAUUAGUUAUAUUACCAUUGAGCUACAGGAAACACAGAGAAAGAUUUUUGGAAGAAUGAAUAUAUCCAGACAGAUUUUGCCCCCCAUUGAUUACCAUAGUAGGAAAAAAAUACAAUGGUAGUAAAAAGUGCCACAGAACUGUUUGCUGUCCUACAUUCUCCAACAUGUCUUCUUUUGUGUUCAACAGAACAAACAAUUUAUAAAGUAAUUGUUCCUACUAUGGGAGUCAAUGGGGGCAAAAUCUGUCUGAUUAUAAGCAUUUUUUCAAAUGUCUUUCUCUAUGUCAUCAGAACCAAUACAUUUAUACAGAUUUUGAACAACUUGAAGGUGAGUAAAUGAUGACAGAAUUUUCAUUUUUGGGUGAAUUAUUCCUUUAAAAACUGAAAGGAUAGUCACAGUGCUCGAAAUGGCUGAGGUUCGCUGGGGGGGACUCUAGCUGGAACAUAUUUUAUACGAUUAAACCACAGAUGCAGAAAAUUCUAAUAUAUUUAUGUAUAAAAACUUGCUUAGUGAUUGGAGGCCCUGUUUUGGAUAAAAGAUGGAAAUCUGUUACAUUUUGAGGUGUUCCCCUCAUUUCAGCCCUGGACAAAAAUAGAAAUAUGAUUAGAACAGGUGCACAUUUAGGUGAAAAUCAUAUUCUUUUCUCACACUGGCAGGCAAUUGGUUUUAUUAUGUGACAUGUGAGAGUGGAUAAGUUAUAAAGGCAGCUUGAGUGGGUAGAUGAUUAAGGAAGGAAAAAACAAAUUCUUUAAGGGACAUGAUUGUGUGUAGACAUCUUGAUAAGCAGAACAUCUCUGAUUCCAUGGCUUCAGCAAUCAGGGUAAAAUGAAACAAGAUUAUUUUACAGGUGAAAAGACUUUUUUAGAAAACUAGUGUCACUGUCUUCUUUAGUCAUCUCUCACUGACCUUCAAACCGCCUUAGCUAAGAAAGUUUACACUCAUAAAAAUGUACUGUGCUACAUUUUAACUGUACCCUGAAACGUGCAUACUAAGUCCACCCAAAAAAGCGAAUUCUUUCGGAAUUUAAAUUUUUUAUUUUGGGGAAAAUGUUCACUUUGAAAAGGACACUUUUGUGCUUUUUUCUAAGAGUAUGUAGAGGACCAGCUCUAUUUUGAAUCUCUAUACUGGAAUAUUUCAAACAGAGUAACCUCUUUGGCAUUAAACUAUGAAAUGUGUGCCAGUUGAAUAUAAGUAUUUUUCAUUAUUUCCCAAUGAGGCAACAGAAACAUAGCAAAGAAAUGUAUCUUGAUGUGAACAAAGAAAAAAGAAGCACAUUUAAUGAGCAUUGGACAGAAGGAGGAAAAGGGAGGAAUUCCUGGCUAAUAAAAGAAGUGGGUGUAAGCAGGUGCUUUUUGCUGAUGGGAUGUCAUGACACCUGAAGAAGGGAGGCAGAUAGAAAAAAGAAAUGAGAGAGAAAAAGAAAUUGUUUGCAAUUGUAUUGUUGAAAUAAAACUAUGGCAAUAAAAAAACUAUUUCAGGGUACAGUUUUUUCCUCAAAAUAAAGAAUUGUGGUUUUUGUUAAAUUGCAAGAUGAUAUUGCAGAGUAACUACAUCAAGUGUGGCUUAUAGGGGCGAGAAUACAAGAACCAAAUCAUAACCCUGAUCUUACCCUCGAUUUAUCUCUUCUGUAUUCAUUUUAUAUCCCAGUGACCUCACUAACCACAAAGCCUCAAAUUUCCACUGUUUAACUUUGCUAAAACAAUUAUUGUGUCCCAAAUGAUCAUUUACACACCCUCCUGUCAUUUAAAACCUGUGUUUAUACAAUAAACUCAAUGGUUACUGUUGUUGUUCGCUUACCAACAUUCUUCAAAAAGCUUCUUUUGUGUUUUGCAGAUAAAAAAGUAAUAAAGGUUUUAAAUGACAAGAGUUUGAGUAAAUAAUUACAUCAUUUUUAUGUUUGGGUGAACUAUCACUUUAACGGUAUAAGCAGUUUCUCAAAUGAGGGCAAAUAAUGUCAAAUGCACAACACAAUUCGCAUCAAGUGCGUUUGAAGUAAAUUUGACAUGUUUUACCCAACAUGACCUCAGUCACUGUCAAUGUAAUCACUACUCAGGUGAAUCAUUGAGUCUGUACACAGUGCAGAUGCACACAUUAUCUAUGACAGAAUGACUGGCCAAUGCAAAGUUCAUCAUAUACAUUCAAACAUAGCCUCAUACUGGUAACCUUUACUGAAAACAACUUUUACUAGUAAAUUACCAGUACUGAUUUUCUGGAUUUUUGAAUAGGUCCCCUCCACAUGUGAUCUGGUAGCGAUAAUUAACCGGUAAUGCAUGUGCAAAAGCAGCUAACGUGAAAACAAGCAUAACAUCUUAAACAUCUUAAAUAAAUGUGGAAAUAAACAUUGUUUUUUUUGUCUUCAGGUUGACCAUUACAGCUGUGUCAUUAGAGAUUCAUAUCUUACAGAGAAAAGGGGAAAUACAUGUCAAAACAUUGAAUGUGGCUCAAGUUGGAUGAACAAAGAUACAAUGUUAGCAUAACUUUUACCAUUAAACAUUUACUGUACACCUGUCAGUUUUUUGCUUUUUAAUAACAACCUAUUUGCACAAAUGUUUUGCACUUUAUUUCAUUGUCUCUAUAUCACAGAGAAUCUCCUACAACACCAAGACAAUUUAAAUGAAAUGCUUGCAUUUGCCAGAAUUCCAUCACUGUGAGUCAGGGGCACUGCGGAGUGACAGUCAUGUGGUUACAUUUAUUACAACAACAACAUUAGCACUUUUAAUACCUUUUCCAUUUAAGUCCAUAAAAGUCACUUUACAACUUUAUAUCACCUUAAGCAUUCCUUUUCCAUUCUGCUGUUUUCUCUAUAGCACUUAGGGUUCAUUUAGCGGAGAGAUUGCUUCUUCUGAAACCCUUGACUUUAAAAAAACAAAAAAUGUUCAGGUUUUAAAAUCGUUUCCUUGUUUGGAUUAAACUGCCUGCCACUAUGGAUAUACAGUACUUUUGACAUUACAUGACUACUAUUACAUUAUUUACCUGAUUUAAUGGAAAGCUGGCGACUUUGGUGUCAUAAGUGACUUUGUAGGCAAAAAAUGAGAUCCAGAUAGAAAUGAUGCACUGAAGGAUGGAUAACAUCAAGACGAUUCCAUGGACACUCCAAAAAGAAAGCUACAAAAGAGUCAGCAUUGUCAUACAUGAAAGUAUUUCAUAAAUUAUAUCAGAUUCUAUUAAAUGAGUUUCUAAACAUCA